UAAAGACAUGCACUGAAAAUCUGCUGGCACUCAAUGAAUAUUUACACAGACUCUGAACUUUUUUUUUUCAGUUUAUUUAUGAUGAAAAGAUUUUGUGGUGGGAGAGUCUGAUACUGAUUGUCAUGUAUGUUGGCUACAUUAUCAUCAUGAAGUUUAACACUAGCAUCCAGAACUACUUUUCGGGGAAGGAAGACAAGGGAGUCGCCAAUGGUAAUACGGUCAUGUGCGAGAUGGAGCAUGGUAAUGAAUAUGAUUCGUUAUGGGAUGAUCCAUCAUGGCCAUUACUCAGACCAGUAAAGCCCAGUAAAGAGUACACUAGGGGCUCUGUUGUGAUGGUGGACGAGAUGAUAAAUUCAAGCCCUCCACAUUAUCGGUUCCCCGAGGCCGGCCUUAGGGUCAUGAUCACCAACCACUUUGGGCCCAAGACACGUCUGCGCAUGGCAAGCCGACUUAUCAUCAAUGAGCAGCAGCAGCUGGAGAAGACGGCCAAUGGGGUGGAUGCGGUGCUGGUGGCUGAUAAGAAAGCUGACACCAUGGAAAAUGGCAACGUAGUGGAGGACAAACUUACUGAGGAGCCGGAGAGUGAGAUGUCAUCUCCCUUCAUCUUGCCUGGGGGUGCUAUGGAUAAAGUGAAGUUUUUCAUUUCCUGGCCCAUUUUGGUGUUGCUGUACUUUACCAUACCCAACUGUGCAAAGCCACGGUGGGAGCGCUGCUUCAUGCUGUCCUUCUUUCUCUCUACGCUGUGGAUAGCCAUCUUCUCCUACAUCAUGGUGUGGAUGGUCACAAUUGUUGGAUACACACUUGGAAUCCCAGAUGUCAUUAUGGGUAUAACUUUCCUGGCUGCGGGCACCAGUGUUCCCGACUGCAUAGCGAGUCUCAUUGUCGCACGGCAAGGCCUGGGGGACAUGGCUGUCUCUAACACGAUUGGCAGUAACGUCUUUGAUAUCCUGGUUGGACUCGGCGUUCCCUGGGGCAUCCAGACAAUGGCUGUCAACUACGGCUCUGUGAUUAAAAUCAACAGUAGAGGACUGAUUUACUCCGUUGUUCUGCUGCUGGGUUCGGUGGCUUUAACUGUGCUGGGGAUCCAUGUGAACAAGUGGAGGUUAGACUUUAAGCUGGGCGUGUACGUGCUUAUUCUGUAUGCCAUCUUCCUCUGCUUUUCCAUCUUGAUCGAAUACAAUGUCUUCACUUUUGUCAACCUGCCCAUGUGCCAAGAGGGUGUCUAGGCUAGAAGAUUUCCAUGGGCUUUGAACCAAAAUACCUCCGGGAUAAACCUGCAACCAAAACCACCAAUGAUUCUGCUGCUUCCUCUGUUUAAUCUCCCUACUGAGUUGCUACUGUUGAAGAAAACCACUCUCUACCGCUGCACAUUCGCACCACUGUGGCUCAGAUGGAAGAACUGCAUUUCCCAGAAGACUGUUGACUCGCAACUUUCUCCUUCAAUUCCAAGAAAUGAAAUUCUCCUUGGCAGCUCUCUUUAUAACUGGAUAUUCUUCCACUUCUGAGCCUUGGACAAUCACAAUGCAGCCCGUAAAUGUUUUGUUCAGAGCAGAAAAAUUAAACCUGUACACUUGCAUCACAAACUGCACACACAUAGCAAUGACAAAGAAUGCUGCUCAUUCCUGUAUGCAUUAGCAAUCUACAUUUUCUAAUUUCUGUCUUCCCUUGAGACACCGUAUGAUAUGAACAUGAACAUAAUGCACUUUAUAUGUGGCAUAAAACAUCUAUAUCAUAUUAAUUUAUUUCCUCCGGUAUGGAAAAAUGAAAGUAUGUCCUUGAUGUGGCGCAAUAAAAAGAUGAAAGUGGCACGGAAUGACUGCCUUCAGGCAAGAAAGUGAUUCUCGCAGCUUGUUACACAGAA